UCAGGAUGUCUAUAUCGUCCAGAGCGGCAGCUCGAAGAUCAAUGAUAGCGUCAUGGAACUUCUCAUUAUGAUCUCUGCCUGCAAAGGGGGUUCUGCAAAGUCUAUCACAGCGGUUAUGCCGUACUUCCCAUAUUCCCGCCAAUCCAAGAAGAAAAGCCACCGUGGUGCGAUAACGGCUCGCAUGAUUGCGAAUUUGCUGAGCAUCGCUGGGGUGGAUCAUGUCAUCACCCUUGAUUUGCAUGCCUCUCAGAUGCAAGGUUUCUUCGGUAAGCCGGUCGAUAACCUUUUCGCCGAGCCAUUCAUCGCUCGCUGGAUUCGCAUGAAUGUUCCUGGCUGGAGGGAUGCUGUCGUUGUCAGCAAGAACGCCGGCGGUACCAAGCGAGUAACAUCGCUUGCGGACAACCUGAAGUUGAACUUUGGCAUUGUUACCACGGACCGACGACGCUCAAAGGCCCCUAUCCCUAUGGCUAUGACUGAUAGCAUGGUUUUCUUCGAUUCGAUCGAGCAAGACCCGAGUCGCCGGCCUGCCAAGGACCAGAACGAGGUUGCUCCGGAGGAGCAAGACUCGAACAGCAACUUCGAGCCAGUCUACACCCCGGAAGCUGAUUUACGGCCUGAGACUCCGCCUGCGGCUCGCCGUCCAUCGGAGCUGGAAGCGGUGCACGAGUAUACUGACGUGCGCGUCCGUGACGUGAUCACCGGACGACUUGUCCAAGGACAUCUUGUCGAUGACGAUUACCCAGAUGCUAACAUCCCCUCCAUGCCUACUUCGGAGGGCACGACGCCGGGGCCAUUAACUCAAGAGACGGAGAUGAUCCCGGACUCGAUGAUCAAUUCUCUCAUCUCGACCACAUCGUCCUUCCAGCCCGAGCACGCCCUUGGCGGGUCUUUUGAUGCCGCUGAUUCAUCUGAUGAUGAAACUCACCAGGUUGGACGGCCUAUCGAACAAGAAAAGACGAUUACGUUCGUGGGAGAAGUCCGAAACCGGACAGUGUUCCUUGUCGAUGAUAUGAUCGACAAGAGCAAGUCCUGGAUCGCCGCGGCAGAGACCGUGGUGAAGAGGGGUGGUGCCAAAAAAGUGUAUUGCAUCGCUACACACGGACUGUUUAACGAUGAGUCCUUGGAUGAAAUGGAAACAUGCGAAUGUAUUGACUACAUCGUCGUGACCAAUACGUUCCCGAUAUCUCAGCGAAUGAUCAGAAGGUCCAAAAAACUAAUUGUGAUCGACAUUUCGAGCUUGCUCGCUGAAAGCAUUCGACGUCAUCACUACGGUGAAAGGUUGGAAGACCCUUACCCUUUUCGGUUGACUGUCGAGGCAACUGACUGACCAUCUCAAAAAGCGUCUCAGCCUUGUUCCACCUGAAUGACUGAAUGAAAACUGUAUGUUAGCGUGAAGAGGUUUAUUGGGUGGAAUCUAGCCAGCUCCAUCUCGCCAAACCAAUGACAGC